AUGACCGAAUCGUACGACAGAUGGCCGAAAUAUCGUUCCAGCACAAACAUCACAGCUGUUGAGAUACACGACGACCCAAAUGCCUCGAUCGACUCGAACGAGCCGGUUCCGGACUUGGUGAGAUCGAAACACGUCCUCGACCGCUUCACGCUCGCCAGAAAGCUGUUUGCCGCUGCUCGGAACUCGUGGUUGGCUCCCAGCCGGCGCAAAGAGGCCCCAAACGGCCGCUCUGCAGACGGGGCCACCAGAGCAGAGAUGGCCGUUUUCGACUCGAUCUCGUGCUCCUCGGAGCUUCCAGUCGCCAUGUCUACGUCCUCGUUCAAUAGAUCGCUGUAA